AUGGAGGCAGAAAAUGACAAAUUUGUGGAGAAAGAUUACCUAGAUUUACUUGACAUUACAACUGAGGCCGGUGAAGAAGAAGAUAACCAAUUGUUUCAAUGGCUUCUAGUGGGUCUAGUGAGCUCAUACAGGCAUGAUAGAGAAUUGGUGGACUUUAAUCUUGCAAAAUUUGAGGCAGCUAAACUACAUGAAGCCAUUGAAAAGAAGCAAUUAGAUCAUGAUGAUGUUGUGUGGAUACUGACAACAAAGAAUUUCUUUCAACUUAGAGCAACUUUUGUGUGCUACAAGCAAAGCUACGAAGUUGCUAUUGAUCAGGCCAUUAAUAGCAGUGGAAAUGGUGAUUUGGGCUCUAUAUUGCGAGGAGUAAUUUGGUGCAUUGUUUCCCCAGAGAAACAUUUUGCUGAGGUCAUUAAAGCCUCCACUGUUGGGUACUGGACUAAAGAUGAAGAUUCAUUGACAAGAGCAAUUGUGACUUGGGCUGAAAUUGAUAUGACAAAGAUCAAAGGAGAUUACUUCAAAAUGAACAACACCAAUCUCGAUGAUGUAGUUAGACAUGAUGCAUUAGGGGUUUACAAAAGCUUCUUGAUGGCCUUAAUUGGAGCAAAAAUUUGA